GCAAUAAUAAUGUGCAAAAGUAAUGUUAAAAACUAUUUAUUUACACCACCACUAUUUAUAUCCAUUAGUGAAAUGGAGCCAACGCGAAUAGAAAAGGUAAGUUGGGACUUUUAUUUUGAAAAUGCUAAAGGACGGUUUGGUUUGCUCCUGUUGGGCGUGGCGUGUCUUGGUGUUUUCGUUACGUUGCAGCAAAACAAAUCUAAUGGUAUGGGCACUACUGUGAGCUGAGCUGUUUAUUCUUUUAAAAUUCACAGAAGUAAAUAAAUUAACAUUCAUUCAAACCGCUUAACUUAUAAUACACCAGUAUCCUUGUAUCAGGGCUUAGCUGGCGAAUGGGACGUCGUUAAGGAUUUUCAGUUGUCAUAUAUACUGUAUAUACUUUUUCUCUCUUCAGCGAGUUUAAUAUGAGACAAAUCAUUAUAUAUUGUCUCUCAUAUCCGUAAAGUGUUGUUGUUUCUACCAUAUAAACUGACAGCUUAAAUCAAAUCAGGUUUAUGAAGCACUUCGUACGGACGGAAGGAGGAAGUGGAGACCGUUUUCUGUUGGCAAGGAAAAGAAAGUGAACUAACAGUCCAUAACUGUUUUCUGGAUUAGUGAGACAUUUCUCGUUGAUUUACACACUAGAGUCUGUCUUCAGGUAUUCAGGUGAGUGUUUGUCCAGUAAAGAGUGGACGAGCAGAAGGGGAUGUUUGGCAGGAAAAAUAAGCGAGCAGCAGCGCCGAAAGGCGCAGCUGCGGCCAAACAGAUGGGAUUGUUGCUUGAUUUCAAACCAGAGGAUAUGAUGGACAUGGACCAAGAUAUGAAUGACCCUGAUUUAGAAGCAGAAUUUGCUGCCAUUGUUGGGAAGAAACCAACGCCGGCUGCAAGGGGGAACAAGGCUGGCAAAACCCCAUUACCAAUGGAGGAUAUUGCAAAAAUGGCGGAGGCAUGCAUGAAAGACUUUGAUGAUGAUGACGAUGACAAUUUGGAAGAUGAUGAAGAUCUCAUGGCUGAGCUUCAGGAAGUGGUUGAAGAGGAGGAAAUGAAAGAUUCGGGUGCUGCCACCCCAGCCUCCCCUGUUAGUGCCGAAAUCCCUUCAACAGAACUGGCACACCAGGAAACUAAGGUCUCAUCAGUGCCUGGGAGCAUUGAACACACCUUAGAGGAGAGAAUAAACAUGUAUAGAAUGGCUAUUGCAAAUGCCAAAUCAGCAGGGGAAUCCUCUAAAGCCCGGAGAUUUGAAAGAGGCCUUAAGACCCUACAAACUAUGCUGGCAUCAGUCCGGAAAGGAGGAAAGAUUGACGAAACUGAGAUUCCCCCGCCAGUUGCAUGUGGGGCCUCUAGUGGUCCCAUUUGGCCUCCUUCCCCACCAGCAACAUUACCUGAUCAUGGGGAGCAUGGGGAGUCUGACAGCGCUGUUGAGAUCUCUCCUGUCUCAGUAGAAUCUGUUGUUAUGGAUCCAGCACCAAACGCUAGAGAGGAGUCCUCUGGUUUAACCUCUCCACCCUCCCGGUCAUCUCCAGAUGAGGAAAAUGCAGGAAGUGCUGCUGAAUCACCUUCAGUAGACUCUGCAGUCACACAGUCCACUAAAAACAUUCUACUGGAGCGACAGAGAGAGUACAGAAUGGCAGCUCUCAAGGCCAAACAAGCAGGAGAUAUUGAGCAAGCCAAAGUGCACAUGAAGGCAAGCAAGGGAUUCGAUGCAGCAAUUGAGGCUUUGGAGAAAGGCCAGUUGGUGGACAUGGGCUCCCUUCCUCCCUCCCUGACUCGAGCUGCUACAGUUACUCAGGCCGCACCUCAGGCAGCUGUUAAAGUCUCCCCUUCUGCUCCUGAAGGGCAGGCUGACAGUGUUUCUGGCCCAGGUCAACCCAAAACUGUUCUUGAAGCUCUGGAACAGAGGAUGGCCAAAUACAAAGAGGCCUUCACACAAGCUAAAGCCAGCGGGGAUGAUCGCAAGGCCCGCAUGCAUGACCGCAUCGCUAAGCAAUACCAGGCUGCCAUCCGUGCCCAUAAAGCAGGUCGAGCAGUAAAUUACGAUGAACUUCCAGCCCCACCUGGGUUUCCUCCAAUCCCAGGCCAGAAGGCUGCUUCACCAGAGCAAGGAUUGGCUGCUGUGCUGGAAACGGCCAAUAAGCUGGCAUCUAAUGAAGCUGACGCUGGUGAUGAGGAGGAAGAUGGUGACGAGGAGGAGAAGGUUACAAAAGUAGACAACCAAAAGAAGCCCACUCUUGCUGUACAGCCAACGGUACAGGAGCCCAAGAGGACCCCUUCCCCAGACAGGAUGUCCAAAGGAGGGAGUCUGCCUGACACUGCUCAGCAGCAGCUUGAGAUUCUGGAGGGCCGAAGAAAACAGUACAUGAAAGCAGCACUGCAGGCAAAGCAGAAGAAUGAUCUAGAGCAGGCCAAGACCUUCCUGCGCGCAGCCAAGGGUUUGGACCCCUUGUUAGAACUAGUGCGCAGUGGCAAGACAGUGGACAUUAGCAAGGUACCAUCACCGCCUGGAGAUGAGGAUGAGGACUUCAUUCUGGUUCAUCACAGUGAUGUUCAGAUCUCUGAGAAGGCUGAGGAGGUCUACACUCAGCUUAACAAACUACUCAAUGAGCAACAUGAGAAAUGUGUAACAUACUCCAAGCAGUUCACGCACAUGGGGAAUGUUGCAGAGACAACCAAAUUUGAGAAAAUGGCCGAACAGUGUAAAAAGAGUCUGGAGGUCCUUAAGCUGGCUCAGAACAGGGGGCUUCAGCCUCCUAAACAUCAUUUUGAGGAGAGGACAUACCGCACUGUCAGGAUGUUUCCAGAGCUUAGUAGUACAGACAUGGUUGUAGUCAUUGUUAGGGGGAUGAACCUCCCUGCUCCCUCUGGUGUUGCAUCAAAUUACUUGGAUGCCUAUGUCAAGUUUGAAUUUCCAUAUCCCAGUUCAGAUCAACCUCAGAGACAUAAGACAUCAGUCAUCAAAAAUACCAACAACCCAGAGUAUGACCAAAACUUCAAGCUGAACAUCAACCGUAACCACCGUGGCUUCAGGAGAGUGAUACAGUCUAAGGGCCUUAAGCUGGAAGUGCUGCACAAAGGUGGCUUCCUGAGGAGUGACAAACCAGUAGGAUCAGCCCACCUAAAACUGGAAAAACUGGAAGCUGAAAGUGAAGUGAGGGAAAUAGUCGAGGUUAUGGAUGGGCGGAAGGCCACAGGUGGUCGUCUGGAGGUAAGGGUGCGUCUCAGAGAGCCUCUGAGUGGGCAGGAUCUCCAAACAGUCACAGAACGAUGGCUAGUGCUGGAAGAGCCACAGGUUCUGCUGUAAUUGACACUGUGAUGUACAAAACAUCUUCACGAAGUCCUAAAGAUCAGAGUGGAUGAAGGUAUGGACGGUGAAAGCUCCACAAUGCUACUAGCCUCAGACACUCACCACAAGAUGGAUAUCGCCCGGACAUUUCUCAACACACUCUCUGUGCCUUGAGCCACUCACAGAGAGACGUCGUUACUGACAGAGGCAGUUAGCUUUGUUUCAUCAGGGUAAAAGAGGUUAGACGAAGAUGUAAUAGUUGGGGGUGAUUAAAAAUACAGUAGAUAAUAAUAAGGGGAGCAGGAGAAUGUCCAAACAUUGCAUGAGAUUGAUAUUGCUUUUAAAUCUGCCUUUUGAGAUGGAUUGCCUCUUGAUUUUAUAAUAACGCUAAUCCCAACUGUUACAUUAGUGCAUUUGAGUUGAAGCCAAUGAGAGCUAACCUUUUUUUCUGCUCUGGGAUGCAUUUACGCACUAAUGCCAAAGUAAUAACUGUUGCUGCAGUAAGAUGAAUGACUUCAUCUGUUUUCCCUCAUACAAGGAACCUGUUGCUGUCAUACCAUUAAUACUAAUGUGUGACCUAUGCAAAUGAGGUAAAUAUGAUUAGCUAUGCAAAAAGGUUUGCAUUUGCAUCCCAAACAUUUUCAGACAUUUCAAAACUUGUUUACAGCUUAUAUAAAUUCACUGCACGGUUUAACACGGGUUGAUUGUGCAUAGGUUGUGCCAGAUUACUGUCGUUAUAUAUUAUUUCACAUAAAUGCCAUAGAAAAGCUUUUACUAAUUGAAGCAGAUGUAACAAUCACUUGUAUAUCAUUUGAGGUCUGAAGAGCCAGUUAGUUGCCAUUAAUACUUAGCAAAGUUAGUCUUCUGCAUUUUAGAGAGGUUCUGUGUUAUUUUGUAUACAUAUAUAAAACUUCCCUUACAUUAUUUAUGAGAGUUAAAAUCUUUUGGAUUCUUACUGUUGUUGCACUUCACGGUCUCUUGUUCUAUAGGGAUUGCAAAUUACUCCAGGCACUUUAGCCAUGUUUAUAUUGCGGUCUAGUGUGCACAUAAGUUAUUGUGAUAUAUAAGAUUUAAUUCAAACACAAGAUUGAAACCUUGUGGUUUCACUUGCCAUGGCAAUGACCUCAAAAAUAUGUUUGUUUAAUAUUUACUUCACAGUCCCAGUAUUACCUAAUUUACACUUUUGAAAGGCCCCUUUAAUGUUUUUUGAUCUGUUGGAUUAAAAUCUUGUAAGAAUUAACUGGCAUUUCACUUUUAAGCCUACACAAUGUGCAGUCUAGGUCAGUGAGUCUAUUUCUUAUUCUGUACAGCUCUGUCCAUUCAAUUGUUACGUGUGAAUUAUUUGGUUUUUAAAGGACAAGUUCAUCCAAAAAUGAAAAUUCUCUCAUCGUUUACUCACUCUUGUGCCAUCCCAGAUAUGUAUGACUGACUGACUUCUGCGGAACACAAAGUGAAUGGUGACCAAAACUUUGAAGCUCCACAAAACACAAAGGCAGCAUUAAAUUCAUCCAUAUGACCCUAGCAGUUUAAUCCACAUCUUCUUGAGCCAUUUAAUUGAUUUUGGGUGAUAACAGACCAAAAUAUAACUCAUUUUACACUGGAAAUCUUGCCAAUAUACCGAGUGGAUCGCUUCAGAAGGUCUGGAUUACUUUAUGCUGCCUUUGUGAUUUUUUGGAGCUUCAAAGUUUUGGUCACCAUUCAUGUGCAUUGUGUGGACCUACAGAAAUGAGAUAGUCUUCUAAAAAAAAAAAAAAAAUGGUUUGUGUUUGCAGAAGAAAGAAAGUCACACAUCUGGGAUGGCAUGAGGGUAAGUAAAUGAAUGAGAAUUUUCAUUUUUGGGUGAACUAUCCCUUUAAUACAGCUCUGGCAUAUUUGAAGGGCCAAAUUUCCCAGUCACAAAUUGUGAUUUGUCCUGUCUUAAGUUGCACUGUCAGUGUUGAUUCUUAAUUAUAUUUUUGGUUCUUUCAUCAAUGUCAAGGUUUAUGCUCAAAACUAUCUCUCAGCUGUCUGGUCAUGUUACUCUUACUUACCCUUUAUUUUUAUUUGUUUUUAUGCUUUCCAUUCUACACCAUUGUACUCUCCCUCCUUCCAUUUCAUACAAAGUUUGUAAACUUUCAGCAUUUUUGUAAUUAAAUGAGACUGUAUGAAAAACUGUUGUUCCUGAAAUUUUCCUUUGACUUUUCAUUAAAGGAAAAGUGUCCUUUUAUUCUACUCUACACUGCAGAUUAUUGAUGUAAGAAUUAAUUUUCAGUGUCAUGUGGCUGAAAGACAUGGCAUAUUUUUGUAUAUACAACAGGUUUGAUAAAGACUGCUUUUAUUGACAUUUGUAGUGUACAAUAAAGGAUGUAUACAUAA